GCCCAGAGACAGUACAUUGCAGUACAAAAGAUACGUACACUUCUGAAAAAACUUUCCUUGCAUUACAUCCUUGAGUUUACUAUUCCAAUAUUUGAUGUGUCCCACUGUAUCAGUAAAAUCAGGUUUACAUCUAUUCUUUUAGGUCAACAAAAAGGAUUGCAUCACUAUUGAUGACAUCAUUGACAGAUGUAGGUAAAAAUAUGACCGAAGAUUUUACUGGUGAAUUGACCGGUCCGGUAGCCUGUCCGAGGACGGACAGUUUUACAGUCAAAUAGAUUGCACACACACACUCGCACACAAAUACACAUACUACACAACACUCAGCUGGGCCAGAGGCGGAAAGCGGAGUCUGUGAACGCCUUUAAAGAGUACAUGUUGGGUUUGCUAAUGUCAAAACAUCAUUAUGAAGUACAUUAAGAAAUUGUGAAGUUAAAUGUGGGAUGAUAAUGCUCUUUGACAAUAUAUUAAGUUAUGCAGUUGAAGAAGAGCCUAAAAUGAGUACAUUUCGUACACUUGCAAGUUAUAAAUACUAAAACAUGAUUCAGAAGUAAUAGAGAAGGAUCUUGUUUAUAAUAAUGCUAAAGUAUUAUGAAGCACAUUCAACGUCAUGUUGACUGUUGAGUUAUCUUUAAAUACAAAGAAAAUUUAAAAGCAAACUUGUUUGUUUACUUUAAUUCUGUGAUUGUGUGCCGAACCUAUCAGUGAUAAUUUAUACAGAAUGGAAUACACACAAAUACCUCAAAAUACAUUCAGACCAAUAAAAGAAGGAUAUGAUAAACUUCAAUCUCUCAGUGUUCAGAGACGGAUAAAUAUUACAUCUCCAAUACCAGAUUCGCCUCUGUCUCCUAGACCUUCUAAGUAUUCAAGGUCAUUCAUACUUGGAUGCGAAACAACAGGGAGCCGACAAUCGUCAAGAGCUGACAGCAUUGUUCAAUCUUGUUCUCGUCCCAAUUCUUCAAACCUCUAUUUUAAAUCAAAUAACAGCUCUAACUCAGACAUUUCAGUCGCAAAGAAUUUCCAAGAUUUGUCAGUAUCCAAUCGUAGAGCAGCUUUUAAAACACAAAAAUGGUCCCAUUCGUUAGACCAGGCUUGCCUUAACUCUUCGCCAAGCGGUGCAAAAAGACGGCAAGCCAGCUUGCAGCAAAAGUCACUAGACUUGGAUUCUGGUUAUUUGGGGAGUCCGUCCAGCGGACUACUCUCUGCUCAGAGUCAACCAUGGAUAGAUCUUCCAUCAACUAAUCAUUGCCCUGAACCAGGCAAGGAUUCGGUUUUAGAAAUUGACAAAGCUAGAAAAGAGCUUGCAAAGUUGAUCAACUUUCAAGAGACGGAAUCAAUGAACAGGAGUUUAUCUCUUCCGUCCUUUACGCAGAGCUUUCAUAAUAGAUCUCUUCAUGAACACAUUCAGGAGUACUGCAACCAAAAUCCAAUCCCAGAACCCUCUCCUUCCCAUGAUGAGUUGGACGCACUAGACGAAGAAAUAAAGCUAAUAGUUGGAGAUCUUCAAUCUCCAGAAUCUUACAUAUUUUCAUCUUCCACGCUGAACCACGACCUGAACAAGGAAUGUGUGAAGCCAACCCCGAUUCGGUCUAGCACAAGAACUUUCUCUCCCUCUGUAACAAAGGAAUCAGAGGAAUUUUUAUAUGUCAAAGCCAAAGAUACAGUGUAUUCUCCACUUUGUAACUCUGAGGAAAAAAAUGAAUAUAACACAAAAAAAGACAAGCCUCUCAAGCAAAAUCUUGGAAUUGAUAACGUUGAAGACUGUCCGGUAAUGUUAGCUGUUGUUAGAACUGUUUCACAAAAAUAUGAUGUUCCAAGAGAAGAUUAUUCCAAGGGUAUCAACUCUCAGCUCUUUUCUUCAAACAGUUAUUCGUAUCCGGGUUCUAAUCAGCCCUCCAAGUCACAAAUAAAUUUAGAAUCCUUGCUGGAUGAAGAAGGGCAAGGGUGUUUUUUAUUUACUUCUGCGCCAGUUAUUCAAACAGUUAAAAAAGAGUUAUCUCAACCAAAAGAAACAAAUUGUGAUAUCUUUCAACCUCAAAGAUUCUUUGAUAAAAAUGGUGAUGCAAACUUACAUACUCAGGGUGUUAAACACGUUCAAUACAAUGAUAUACAAUCACUUCUAUCAAACAAUAUCCAAGACCCUUAUGAGAACAAUGUAGGAGAGACAGAGAAAACGAAUUCUGUUGAAGAUAAUUCAGUUUGUGAAUCUAGAAGGCCUGAUGAGCUCAAUCAUUUUAUAUUUAAGAAGACCUCUCAGUUCUCAGGUAAAGUGAAUGAUUUGCCGAACCCCAAACCUUUUCGUUCAUUGUACUCACAGGAUAUAGUUGCUAAGGUUAAAUCUAGUAUCAAACCGGACCUGGAAGAAGGUACAAACAAAAUGUUGCUAGAAAAUCUGGAUCAUCAUCAACUCUACAACAGUGAACUUCACUCCCCUUGUUCUCCCGACCCAUCAUUCUCACUUCCAUCUUCACCACUUCAUGUCUAUAAUUCAUACCAGGGACCUCAGUACUUUCAGUUUCCUAUUUCCCAGUACCAGGAAAAUGUUGAGAUUAAAAAGGAACCUCAAAUCUUACCUGACCAAGAUACUGUUCUCUAUUCUCAUCAAACAGCAUAUCUCCAAAGCAGAAGUUCAGCUUCUCCUAUGAUUCAAUCUCCGGCCAUUUCAAACCUUAACACUCCUAGAGUAUCGAUCACGUCCCAUCACUCUAAUACGGAGUUCUCAGCUAAGAUUCGAUCAAGUCAUUCAUCCUUGCAGUGUUCACCACACUCCUCUCCUUUAGGGUUCAUGGAAAACACGGUAGGGGAAUUUGGACAUUCAAUUCUAUCUUCCUAUGAUCUAAAUAUGCAUAACAUGGAAGUAUCAGGAGAUGAGUCUGGCUAUAUUACUCCGCCUAAAUCCGGAUUUACUUCACCUCUUCAAGAUUAUGUUUAUCAAUCACCUUUUCCCUUUUAUGAACAACCCAUGCAAAGUUAUCCCGUGUCUCCCAAUACUCCAUAUCUUCCCCCACCUUACCCAUCAUACGAUCAUAUGAUCAAUGGCGAUCCUGCUCUUAAUACAGCUUCAGUCUUUACUGCUGAUCCAGAGUCCCUGGAGUCUGAGAGAGAUACUCCCGAUUCUUCUAUCAAGGAGGAACCCGGGGAGGAAUAUAAUCAGGAUGAAACAUCUGUUUGCAGAUGGAUGAACUGUGGUCGUGACUGCAUGGACCUAAGAAGUUUAGUUGACCAUAUCAUAUCCCAUAUUGAGCAGAGAAAAGGUUGUGAAGAGUAUCCAUGUUUGUGGGAGGGUUGCACCCGACGGUUAAAACCUUUUAAUGCAAAGUACAAACUGGUAACCCAUCUUAGAGUUCAUACUGGAGAAAAACCUCAUCAUUGUAAGCAAGACGGAUGCAGUCGAAAGUUCGCACGACUUGAGAACCUAAAAAUUCACGUUAGAAGUCACACCGGAGAAAAACCAUUUGCCUGCAAGUUCUCUGUCAGUCAUGACUUCGGAUGCACAAAGAAGUUUUCCAAUUCUUCAGAUCGAGCAAAGCACGAGCAGACGCACAAAGAUCCGAAACCAUAUAGGUGUGAGGUGCAUGGUUGCUUAAAAAGGUACACUGACCCUAGUAGUCUCAGGAAGCACGUUAAGAACCACAGCAAGGAGGAGCAAGAUCAAUACAAAGCUUGUAGAGAGAGAACUCUUGGGACUGAACAGCGCUGGUUAGAAACGAACUAUCAAUCCUUAGUUGGAGGCGCAGAUUGCUUCUACAGACCUGACAAUGAUCUUGAGCAGUUUAGACCAGGGUUCGAACGGCAAGAAACCUUGAUGGAAAGUGUAGAAAGAGAUGAUUCUCUGCCAUUUGAAAGUAUUCCUGCCAUGAAAAUAGGAUCUAGAAGUCUGAACAUAGAUACAGUCUAUACUCAUGAACCACGACUCCCUGAUAGCUAUAUUCUUUAACUACAAAUAUUCCACGUAAUGGGACAUGAAAUCAGUAUAUUUACGUGGGAGAAAUCGGAGAAGCCAGAUUACCAAAAAUUCUAAUACUGACUCUGGACAGGCGAAACGUGUCAUUUUUUUGACAUAAGCUUACGCAUUUCCAACGGAUUUCUUGUUCAUGUUGAUAAGUGCUUAGUAUUUAUCUUAUGUUUAUGCAGAUUGCAGACCCAUAUUGACUCCUAACUACUAAAACCGGAUCAAAAUACUCAUAAUUUAUUUCUAACUGUUAAUCAAUGCUUCUUAGUUCUUAACACAAUUGGGACCUUACCGUGACCAUGCUCGCUCAUGAUUGGUUGGAAUCGGAUCCACUCGGGUCUGGAUGCAGGAAACGGAAAAAAUAAAAGACCCUUAGACCUUUAAUUGUUAAUUUAAAGCUAGCUUGGAGCUGAGAGUUCUUAAUCUUCAUUUUAACAAACAUGUAGUAAAUGUUGGAGCUGCACUGGUUGGAACGCCAUAUCUUUUUUCAGCUUACUCUCAUCUACGGACGAACAAAGCAUUAUUUUGAGCUUACUCUCAGUUCACGUUAAAAGGCAUUUAUCAAAGAACAUGAAACAUGACAGUUUGUAAAUAGUUUAGUCUUCUUAAAUAAUUUUUAAGUUGUUUGACACCAAAGAGAACAACA